AUGGAUCAAAUAGCAAUGCUGUUGGAAAACCAGAACAAGCUAUUCGGCGAGCUUGUGAAGCAGAUGAGGGAUCAGCGAGUGCAGCCCGGUGAGGAAGUUGCCGCAGUAGCACUAUCACCCAACGUUCCGCUUCCUCCACCUCUUGCCAUUGACGGGGACAUGGAGGAGAAUUUUUGUUUUUUCGAAAGCAACUGGCGAAAUUAUGCGACAGCGAUUGGGAUGAACAACUGGCCCGACGCAGACAAUCCCAAGAAAGUGAGUUUCCUAUUAUCGAUUGUUGGAACUCCUGCGCUAAAAAAGUAUUUCAAUUUUGAACUCACUGCGGAGGAUAAACGAACUUCGGACACCGUUCUCGAAGCCAUCAAGAGAAAAGUGGUGUGUACCCGAAACGUCAUCGUUGAUCGGUUAGAAUUUUUCACCUCCGCACAGCUGUCGACGGAGAGCAUUGACGACUUUGUGUCUCGUCUGAAGGUGUUGGCAAAACCAUGCCGGUUCGGUGUGUUGGAGACGGAAAUGCUAACCUUCAAGAUCGUGACAUCGAGCAAGUGGCCGCACCUCAAGACAAAAAUGCUUACGAUGACUGACAUCACGACGACGAAGGCAGUGGAUUUAUGCAGAAUGGAGGAAAUUACGGCGAAGCACUCACAGGCACUGUCGUUGGAGCCACGAGUGGAAGUAAACAUGCUCAAGGUAUCUAAGUCACGCAAGUGUAAAUUUUGUGGUGACUGGCACGUUUUCAAGAAGGGAUCCUGUCCAGCUUACGGCAAGAGAUGCAAGAAGUGCAGUGGAAAGAACCACUUCGAACGAGUGUGCCGUGCUGGGAAGGAAAAAUCAUCGAGACGAAGCUCACGAAGGAUCAAGGAAGUAAAGAACGCUGGAUGGAGUACGGAUGAAGACAGUUCGAACGAUGGAUGCAGUGAGCGGUCAGAGGAGUCGGAGAUCGAAGGUGAAAUUGGAAAAAUUUUCGACAACUCCAAGCAAGGCGGAAAUGUGCAAGCGGAGAUUCAGCUGAAGGUCGACGAUAAGUGGAUGAAGAUCAAGUGCGAACUCGAUACAGGAGCUAAUACCAGUCUCAUUGGUCACGACUGGUUGUGCAAGCUUUCAGGCAACCCCAACCCCAAGCUUCUUCCAUCGCCUUUCAAACUCCAAGCUUUUGGUGGAAGUACCAUUCCCGUACUAGGACAGGUGAAAAUACUCUGCAAGCACAAGGAGAAAAAGUAUCGACUGGUCCUACAGGUAGUUGGAGUAGAUCAUAGACCACUUUUGUCGUUGAAGGUAUGCACUACGCUGGGACUGGUGAAGUUUUGCAACACGGUUGCUGUAGUUCCCGCCCAACCGCUGCAGUCGGAAACCGAACAAGACAUGCUGAAAGUGUACCGUAUUAGGGCUGAGGAGAUCGUCGAGCGAAACAGCGACAUUUUCAACGGCUACGGGAAAAUGCCUGGCAAGGUCAGCUUGGAAAUCGAUACCAACGUUUCACCCGUGAUCCAGCAACCCCGGCGUGUGCCUAUAGCACUUCGAGCCCCUUUGAAGGUGGAGCUGGACAACCUCGAGAAAGAUAACAUCAUAACCAGGGAGUACAACCACACCGAAUGGUUUGUGACGCUGGACGAGAUUUUGCCGGAGUUGGACCAGGCGCAAGUAUUUUCUACUGUCGACGCUCGGAAGGGAUUUUGGCACGUGGAGUUGGACGAACGCAGUAGUAAAUUGACGUCAUUCUGGACCCCAUUCGGACGGUAUCGGUGGCUGAGGUUGCCCUUUGGCAUUUCUUCGGCUCCCGAAAUUUUUCAAACCAAGCUGCAGGAAAUUAUCCAGGGCCUAGACGGUGUGGAAUGCUUGGCUGACGACUUGUUGAUUUAUGGUCGAGCCUACUCGUUCGAUUGA